GGUAUCCUGCGCAAAUUUUCAUGUUUUUGUGCCCUUUGGGGUCUCACUGCAGUACUUCAUCGUACUUCAUGAUGUGGUAGUCCUAUGCUAAUCCUUUCUGUUGUCAUUUGUUUAUAGCUUUAUUGUGCAGCGCGACCGCAAAAAUGGAAUCUACUGUUCUCAAACGCGUCAGUAACGCAUCCUGCCUUAACUUGCGGCCUUCACGUGGCCAGCAUCUGGUAACAGCAGCUGCUCAGCAGGGUGCGAAGGGGCCUGCGAACAGCGGCGCGCAGCUUGCAGACAUUUACAUCGGUUUCCAAAAGGAGGAUGGUUUCGGCUCCCGCGAGGGGCGCAAGGGCCGCGUCAUUAAGGAUGAUCCACGGAAGUACCCCAGCCGUGAUGAGUGGGGUACAGGAGGCUGGGCUGGCGGCGAGGCGGGGCUUUGGAAGCUGAGGGAGCAGGUGAAGGCGCAGAAAGAGAAAGAGGCCCCUAAGGCGGCGGCGAAGCCUCCUUCCAGGGCUGCGUCUGUGCCUUCCAAGCCUCCCCCGGGAAAGGAGGUCAUCUAUGUGGGCUUCAACAAGGAUGAGAUUGACCUGCGCAAGAGCGGCGCGAAGGGUCGUGUCCUCGUUGACGAUCCCCGCAAGUACCCUGGCAAGGAGGAUAUUGGCCUACUGGCGGGAGUUGCUGGCGGCUUCGCUGGCGGCGAGGCGGGCGUCAAGCAGUUCGUGGCAACGGGCGAUGUUAAGUUCCGCAAGCCGGGCGAGCCUGGUCGGCGGCAGUUCUCUCCGCUCACCUUAGCUGGCCUUGUCGCCCUGGCGGGUGCCGUGGGUGGCAUCGUGCUGGACCUGGUGACCGACGCGGGUGAGAACGCUGUGAGCAGAGAGCUGCUGCAGGCGCCAAUUGAUCAGAACACAAAGCUCCUCAUCCUGUCGGCCAUGGGACUGGUCGGCGUGUCCGGUGUCAUCAUUGGUACGACGGCGGCCCUUCGGGCCUUGAAAGAACGCAUUCAGGACACGGCCAAGAACGCGGCUGUGUCGGGCGUGUUCCUACUGGUCGUGUACCUCAUUGCCAAGAGCAUUCUGGAAGAGAUUUGAAUGAGCGGAGAGGUUGAGGAAGAUGCAAGCGUAAGCAAAGGGGUAUGAGUUGGGGCUGACAUUAGAGCUAGCGUUAUGCUGGGAGUGAGCUGGCAUGCGUAUGUAUAAUCUUUGAGGGGCUUAAGAAACGGUUGAGAGGGUAGCAUGGAACAGGACACCUCCUUGUAGUAAGUGCGGUGUUCGCUUCGCGUCACGCAGACGAUCUUGCAUAAUGCAUUUGAAUAACGAGGGGUUUGGGGUUGUGGUCACCAGGUGUGUUACGGCCAAGUUUUCUCCACUUCCUCCAAGCAUUCCCGAUGCCAGGUUUGUCAGUGUCUUGAGCCCCUUGCGUGGAUGCCUUCACAAUUAUUGCAAUUUUGUUAUCAAGAAGAGAUGUGGCCAGCAAUUAUUUGGAUCUAGGGUUUCGUUGACGCCGCGAUUGUGACUGGUCCCUGUGACCGGCAGUAACCAGGUGCAAGAAUGGCUACGAGAAGGCUGUCUUCUUUAUGGGCAGUUCAAGGUGGAACGGCUUGCG